AUGAAUGGCGGGAAUUUGUACGGCCACCAGCCGAAUGAAAACCAGCCAAUGCAAAAUGCGAAAUUUCCUAUACCCCAAGGCCAGCCAAUGUUUCGGCAGCAAAUGACGAACGCAUCUCAACUAUAUAGGCAAUUUAAUCCAAAUAUGAUUAAUCAAUAUCACGCAAUGUAUCAACAAAACCAACAACAAUCUCAGGCAGCACAGCCACCUCCAAUUCCUCAGACACAGCCUGUUAUGCCCACUGGACAACAGCCUCCACAGAAUCAACAGUCGAAAAAACGAGCCAAACAGCAACCCCAAAAGCAUCCAUAUCCUCCACAGCAAUUUGCAUUUAAUCAUCAACCAUAUUUGGUGCAGCAACAGCAGCCACAAGACAUAAUUAAAGGACUUUUAUCAAAAUUACCAGAUGAGUUAGCAGAUUUAUUCUUCAAAAUAUAUAACAUACCUCAGAAAAAGAAAGACCAAAGAAUUGCGAUGUUUAUCGAUAUGAUUACUGAAUUAAAUCAAAGUUUUCCUGAUGCUGCUAAAAUGAUCUCUCAAUACCAGCUCAUGAAACCAGAAGCAAUUAAUGCAUUUCGCGAUCCGCCUUUACCAGCUGUUUUUCAAAGAACAAAAGGAACAUAUCCUUCAUAUUUUAUUUGUUAUAGAACGAAAAAGGAUGGUUUCGAGUAUAUACCAUCUCCAAGAGAGAAAAAGCAAAAUGAAAUGAUAAUAGGAACUUUUUUUACAAUACAAAACGUUCCAGCUCGCGGAAAAGUUGCAUUAAUCGAUAAAGACAAAAGACGCGAAAUACAACCAUUUAAAUUCGGAGAAACGUUCGAAUGUUUCGUUCUCCAUUCAAAUGAACCGAUGCAAGGAAAAUUCCACAUAUUAACUGAGCUCGCACCGGAAGUUUCUAAUAUAUUAACAUUCUUCGUAAUACAAAUGGUCACGCGGCGUAGCUGGGUUGACGUAGUUUCCAAUUUAUCCAAGAAUGAUCCACAAUUUAAUCCUGCCUUGAUUGGAGACGUAAUUCCAGCAUCGCAUUCGGUUAAUGGCGUGACCUGUCAUAUAGAUGCCGCAAGCAUUUUCGAAAGCGCUUGUACAACUUAUUUACCAAUUUGUCCUCGAUGCGGAAAGCAAAUUCUUCUGAAGGAUUUGUCAUUUAGCUUAACACAGGAUGCUCCUCCAAGUAAUCCUGACCCACUUGUCGCUGAUUUCAUCGCUCAAGAAUUAUAUUACGUACGAGAAGAUAGCGAUGACGUUUCUGAUAUAGAAACUUUACAGGCCGACCAAAGAGAAUUUAAUUUUUCAGGUGCCGACGAAUAUCUCAAUUCAAUCAGCGAAUCUAUCUUGUAA